UCUUCCUUCCUUCUUCCUACUUUCCCCCCACUCCCCACUCUCCAGUGGAGUGAAAAAAAAAAGUACCAGAGCCGUAGUAGCCAGCCAGCCAUGGCCGCCACCUCCGCCUCCCGCCUGGACCGCCCGCCCGCCUUUCCUCCCUACGACGUCCCCGUGCCCUACGCCCGAGGGCAGCUCUACUCCACCAAGACCCCGCCUUUCACCCUGCCGCGCAGCUGCCUCCUCCCGCCGCCUCCUCUGCCGCUGGCCUGCGGCGGCCACGGCCCCGUGGGCUGCGCCUACUCCGCCGGCUCGCCCCCGCCCUUCCCGCCCUUCCCGUGGGCUACGCCGCCGCCGCUGCCGGCGACGCGCUGCAUUAUCGCGGAGAUCGAAGAGUCCGCCAAGGCGGAGGUGGAGGAUAACUUCUCCCCCCGCUCCGUCCUCACGCCCUGGAGGCGGGCCACCCCCGCCCCCGCCUCGCCGCCGCCCCUGCCUCUCGUCGUCGGCGGCAAGCGAGCCUUCGACCCAACCAGCGACAAGACUUCUCUCAUGAUCUGCAAUAUCCCCAACAGCUUCGUGAAACGGAGGUUCAUGUCGAUUCUGGACCAGCAUUGCGCCCAGGAGAACAACAACCCCGAGUGGCGCGUCGUCGGCUUCGUCAGAUCGGAGUACGACUUCCUCUACCUCCCAAUCGACUUCAGGACAAAGUACAACAAGGGCUACGCCUUCGUCAACAUGACGACGGCGACGGCGGCGCGGCGCCUCCACGCCUUCCUCCACGGCCACAGCUGGGCCUCCAUCGGCUCCGCCAAGGUCUGCGAGGUCGUGUACGCGGACAUUCAGGGGGUGGACGCCCUGUCGGCGCACUUCUCCGGCUCCAGGUUCCCCUGCGGCGGCAACAAGGAGUACCUGCCGGUGCGCUUCGGCCCUCCCAGGGACGGCCACCGCCAGACGGUGGAGCGCGUCAUCGGCCGCGCGGUGCCCCGUCCCCGCUGAUUGAUCCGAUCCGCCCGCCCGCCGCCCGUAUGUGUCGUCGUCAAGUUUUCAUCUGAACUUUUGGACGAGUAGCAUUCGGUCGCGGCCCUGAGGUUUCUGGAGGUUUAAGAUUAGGAUUAACGUUGUGUUCUGAUGUGAGACGAUGUAGAACUUUUCCUUUCGUGUCCUUUCGUGGCAUAAAACCUGAACUGCCCACCCUGAAUAAACUGACGGUGUUGUGUGCA